AUGAAAAUAUUUGUCAUUUUCAUUUUAAUAUACUAUAUGUAUGUAACAUAUUUAAGAGAUAAAGAUGAAAUAAAAAAAAUAAAAACAAAUUUUAGAAUAUUAUAUAGAGAGGAAUUUAAAAAGAAUUCAGUAUCAUUAGCUAGCCAUUUGAAUAAAAAUAGUUAUAAUUGUAAUAUUCCAAAUAAAUACAAAAAUAGACGAAUUAAAGGAGUUAAUGGAUUUAUUAAAAAUUAUUUAUGUGAUAUAAAUGUGAAGAAUAAAUUGAAAUUAAAAUCAAAAUAUAAGGAUAAUAUAUAUUUUUUUGAAAAUGGAUUAAUCAGAAAUAGCAAACUAUAUAAUAAAAAGAAGAAAAAUGAAAUUCGAAACAACACAUUAUAUUAUUUUAUGCAAAAUAAAGAACUAAAAGAAGAUAAUUCCCAAAUAGAAUCAAUAAAAAAGAAAAAUUUGUUUAAAUUAAUGGCAAAGAUGCCAGUAAUUACAGUAAAUAGAAAAUUAUAUCCAAAAGAAUUCAGUACAGAUUAUGAAAAUGUUUUAAGAAAAUAUAAUGUAACAUAUAUUAAUUAUAAAACUCGAUUGAGAGAUAAACCAGAAAUAGAUAUAAAGAGCAUAGACGAUUUAUAUGGGCAAAUUUAUGAUAGAUAUGUUUUGAAAAAACAAUUUUAUUUUUUUUUAUAUCAUGAUGAUAUAAAUACUUGUUAUAAAAUUUUAACAGAAAAUCCAAAUGUAUUAACAAAAGAAGAAUCAUUUAAAAUUUUAAAUUCAUUACCAUAUAUUUUUGUUAAUAAAUUAAAAUAUAUUUAUCCAAAUGAACAAAAUGUUGAUGAUAUUUUGAAAAAACUGAUAAAAACAUACAUUUUUCAACAUGGUAAUGAUAAAAAUAUAGAUUAUUUAAAUUUUAAAUAUCGUUAUAAUGAGCUAGAUGAAUUUUGUGCAAAAAUUGCAUCAGAAGGAGAAGAUAAAGAAAAUACAUCUACAUCUAUUUCGACAGGAAAAGAAUCCGUAUCUGAGCCUAUAGAUAUUUAUGAUAAUGUGUGUGAUUCUGAUUAUGAAAAAAAAUAUGCAAAUAUGUCUUAUGAAUAUGAAAUAAUAGAAAAAACAAAAAAAUAUAAAGAUUUGAUAGAAAGAUUUAAAAAAUAUCCAAAUCAUAUUAAACUUGAAAAAGUACAAUUGUUAUAUACCAAAAUCUUAACUAUGAAAGGAACGAAAUUAGCUGAAGCUUUUAGAAAACAUGAAAGCACUAAAAAAAAUAAAGAAAGAAAAAUAUAUAGAAAUAGUCGGAUUCGAAUAGAUCCCAAUAAACUUACUCCAUAUUUAAAUGAACCAAUUAAAUAUGAUCCAAAAGAAAAAGAAAGAAUAAAUAAACUAUUUGAAGAAUAUGUAAAUAAAAAAGAUUUAAUAAAAUCAUCACUAAUAUUAAGAAAAUAUACAAACUUAAUAGACACAAAAGAAAAGAAAAGUCAAGAUAUUAUGAAAAAUUAUUUAAAAUUACAUGAAUAUAUAUAUAAAGCUAAUAAAUAUACAGAAGAUGAAUUAAAACAUUUAAGAAUGGUAUAUUAUUCGACAGUGCAAAAACCACGAAUUUUUAGAAAAAUAGCUGAAAUCGGAUUGAGGAAGCAAGGAGAAAAUGUUACACAUAAAGAAAUUUAUGACGCAGAAUUAAAUAGAUAUUUAAAAGAAAGAAAUGAAUUAAGAGAUCAAAGAAUGAAAUUAAAAGGUUUUGAUAUGGAUAAAAUAAGAGAUUUUUCUUCUGCUUAUUCUAUGGAAUGGUUGCCAGUUAUAUAUAAAGAUGCAUUUGAUAAAUUUGAGAAAGAAAAAAAUUCAAAAGAUUCAGAAAAUUCGAAAUAUACAAUAAAUAAAAAAAAAGAAACGAUUAAAAAGUUAUUCACACCAACAACUGAUCAAAAUAUGACUGAAUCAAAAUCUGAUACUGAAGAAAAACAAAAAAAUCAGAGAGGAAGUGCAAAUUAUGAUUUUCUAAAUGGAAGGGAUGAAAUGAAAAUAGGAAGAAAUAUAUUAAAUUAUAAAAAAAAAAAACGAGGAAAAAUUAGACAAAAUAAAGAUAAGUCAAGUAAGAACACGUUGGAUGAAAAAAAUAAUAAUACAACUGAAUAA